GCCAAGGUGGAAAAAGGAUUAUACGCUGCAUCGUGCACAACAGAUUAGAAAAUAAUAAAAUAUACCAUUCGCCGGAAGGCCCAUGAUAAACGCCAGUAUCGUGCUAUAUACUUUCUAUAUGCCGUAUCGACAUAAUAUAAGCGAGCGUGGUCUUUCUGAUCCCGAUUAAUGUGUGUGCAGUCGCCUUUGGGAGGCGCUUCAUCAACGAACGUGUAGAAGCUUGCAUUGCGCAGUUGUUCUCUGAACGGCGGUUAGUAAACAAACGUGUUAAUGCUUGCAUAUAUAUGAUAAAUCAGUCAGGCAUUGCUAUGGAUACUAAAUUCGUUACAUUAAAUACCGGGGCGAAAAUGCCUAUCGUAGGUUUGGGUACCUACGCGGAACCUGGAGAAAUCAAACAGGCCGUGGAAACCGCAAUAGACGUAGGAUAUCGACAUCUUGAUUGCGCUUUUGUGAAUGGUAAUGAAGCUGAAAUUGGCGAAGCAAUUCAGAACAAAAUUGAGGAUAGAACAGUAAAGAGAAAGGACUUGUUCAUUACAACGAAAGCUUGGCCAACGUAUUAUCGAAAAGUGAGGGAGUGUUUUGAUGAAAGCUUGAGAAGACUAAAGCUUGAAUAUGUUGACCUAUAUUUGAUGUCCUGGCCGUUCGCGUUCCAACCUAGUUUUUCUGCAGGCGGUAUUUAUUGUCCAAUGGACGAAAAUGGAAAAAUCUUGUUUGACGACGACAUACACUAUCUAGAUGUUUGGAGAGAGCUUGAAAAACUUAAAACAACUGGACUUGCCAAAGCUAUUGGUGUAUCUAAUUUCAACGAAUAUCAGAUUAAUCGAAUAUUGAGCGAAACUACUAUUUCUCCAUCCGUUAAUCAAUAUGAAAUUCAUCCUUAUUUGGCCCAAGAAAACUUGCUACAAUACUGUAAAUCGAAAAACAUUGCAGUGACUGGAUUCAGUCCUUUAGGCGCACCAAAUCGUUCAUGGCAAUCACCAGGGGAGCCGAAAUUAGUCGAAGAUCCAAAGUUGCAAGAAAUCGCAAAGAAGCACGAAACAAGUGUUGCUCAGGUUAUACUGCGAUAUCAAAUUCAGCGCGGUGUCAUAGUUAUUCCGAAGAGUACUAACUCUGUACGAAUAAAAUCCAACUUUGCAAUUUUCGACUUCAACUUGGACAAUGAUGACAUGGGCCAAAUACGAACGUUAGAUAGAAAUCUCAGAUAUUCUCUUCCAGCCUACGCCACCAGCAAAUAUUCAGCAUUUAGUGAAAAUUAUUCAGAAUAAAAAGAAAUAUUCAAUAAACAUUUUGUGAUUAGAAGAAUUGAGUAAACUUUCUGACCUUCCUGUUGGACUGUAUCCGUCUUACAUGAGUCUGUGCCUCUGUCGAUAAUUUUGAUGCCUAUUUUGACAUUGUUAAUUCGCAUUGGAGUUGGACAACAGGGUGUUACUGUUCAUAUAUUUGUUUUUUGCUUUUAUUGAAAUAUUGUAUUACUAAGGAGGUUUUCCGCUGAUUGACCGGUCAGCUAACAGGGUAGGCCUACUCCCGCAGUAUGUGAACUAAGAUAACGGACACCCAGGCGUAGUAGGUGUAUCAAGUUGGGAUUAGGCCAUAAUUUCAGGGACAAAUACUACGAACCUCACCUGGCUCGUAAUAGAACUAAAAUGAGGAAAAUUGAAAUAAAAUUAUGGUCUAACAAGGCACACAUACUAUAGUUUACAAACUUCGGAAGUACCGCUAACAGUGUAUAACUAUUGUGAUGCCAGUCUUUAUGAUCUAUCCAUACAUUUGAGAAUUACAUUCUCUAUUCGUUUCUUAUUUCACGCAUUGCUGCAUCUUUUUGUCAUCUCAGUUGCCCCAUAAUCAAUUGAUGCAAUUUCGUCUGUGGAAUUAUUGGUUAAAAUAAUUGUUGUGUUCGGACAGAUUAGUCGCAAAUACCAAUUAAUACAGAUCGUGAUAGAUUCAUUUUUGAAAUGUUGUUUUCCUGUGGAUAUUAGUGUCAAAUAGUGAUUGUGUUUAUCGUAAAAACCCACGAAGAUGGAAAGCUUUCUGCUUUGGUGAUUUAUUUGAAACUUCCGAAAAGUAAACUCUAAAAAAAUGUUU